AUGUUGGGAAUGUAUGUGCCAGAUAGAUUUUCUUUGAAAUCAUCUAAUGUCCAGGAUGGAAUCGGGCUUUACAUGGGGAGACAAGUGAAAAAGGGGGAAAAGUUUGGCCUUUUUGCUGGAGAGAAGAGACUACCAAGUGAGCUGGAUGAGAGCACAGACACCAGACUGAUGUGGGAGGUCCGAGGUAAUAAAGGCGAUGUGCUCUAUGUUUUGGAUGCCAGUAACCCUCGCCAUGCCAACUGGCUGCGUUUUGUCCAUCAGGCGCCAUCACAAGAGGAGAAGAACCUGGCAGCAAUCCAGGAUGGAGAGAAUAUCUUCUACCUGGCAGUGGACGACAUUGAGACAGACACAGAGCUGCUGAUAGGCUACCUGGACAGUUAUAUGGAGGAAGAGUCAGAGGAGGAGGCAGAGGAAAUCAUCAAAUAUGAAGAUGAAAACAGCAAAGAUGCCAAACAUCUCGUUGAAAUGGCUAAUAGUCACACACAGCUGAUACGGCUGCAUGUGUGUGUAAUUUGUAAUAAUGACUGUAUGUGUGCAGAGCUGGUGAUCAAGAAGGAGGACCACCCGUGCCUGCUGUGUGAGAGCAGCUUCCCUAGCGAGGAGAUCCUAGUAGCCCACCUCCAGAGCCUGCACCAGAGACACAGUACUGAGGAGAAGGAGUACAAGUGCAGGAACUGUGGCAAGAAGUUCCCCAUCAAACAAGCCCUGCAGCGCCAGUCACAAGAAGUGUGUAGAGGAGAUGCCAGGUUGAUCUGUAAGGCUGAGAGUUGUGGGAAGAGGUUCAAGAGCAAAGACUCUCUGAAGAAACACAAAGGGAACGUCCACACAGGAAGUUCCAGGCGGAAGCUCAUGUGCACCAUCUGCAACAGGAAAUGUUCCUCCUUACUGAACCUCCAGGAACAUCGCAAGGUACAUGAGAUAUUCGACUGUGCUGCCUGCGACAAGAAAUUCAUCUCUACCAAUCAGCUUAAGCGCCACAUGAUCACUCACUCAGAGAAACGUCCGUAUACCUGUGAGAUCUGCAGUCGUUCGUUCAAGCGUCUGGACCAGGUGACGGCCCAUAAGAUCAUCCACAGUGAGGAAAAGCCCUAGAAGUGUAAGCUGUGUGGGAAGGAGUUUGCCCACAGGAACGUCUACAAGAACCACAAGAAGACUCACUCAGAGGAGAGGCCGUUCCAGUGUGAGGAGUGCAAGGCCCUGUUCCGCACCCCCUUCUCUUUACAGCGCCACCUGCUCAUCCACAACAGUGAGAGGACAUUUACGUGUGACCAAUGUGAUGCCACCUUCAAGAGAAAAGACACGCUCAACGUGCACAUCCAGGUGGUACACGACGGACACAACAAGUACAAGUGUGACCUGUGUGAGAAGUCCUUUGUCACCCCCUCUGUUCUCAAGAGCCACAAGAUGAUGCACACAGGGGAAAAGGAGAAGAUCUGCCCAUAUUGUGGACAGAAGUUUGCCAGCAAUGGAACUUUGAGGGUUCACAUCCGCAGCCAUAUAGGUGAGCGCCCAUACCAGUGCCCGUACUGUGGCAAAGCAUUCAGCAAGAAUGAUGGUCUGAAGAUGCACAUCCGCACACACACUCGGGUGUGUGAUCUGUCGUUCAGUCUGGAGAAGAUGCUGAGCAGGCACAAGCUGACCCACAACCCAAACAGGCCCAUGGCAGAGUGCUCGCUGUGCCAUAAGAAGUUCACCAGGAAUGACUACCUCAAAGUGCACAUGGAGAAUGUUCACAGAGAGACCGAGGGCUAA